AUGGUUGGCUUCGCAAAACUUCUGGCAGGUUCUCGGCUACUGCCGAUAGUGUACGGGGCGAGUUCAACCGUGUCCUAUGCGUCGACGACCUCGGUGCGCACCCAAUUCACCCUUCCGGCGUCUGCAGAUAUCGGGGAGCAGUUGAUCGCCAACAUCGAUGACCCCGAGGCAAUUAACGCCCAGUCCGCUUGCCCUGGUUAUAAGGCGUCAAAUGUGAGACAAUCUUCUAACGGACUGACAGCCAAACUGCUUCUGGCGGGCAACCCGUGCAAUGCGUAUGGGACUGAUGUAGAUUCCCUGGAUUUGUCUGUGGAGUACUUGGCAACGGAUCGACUCAACAUUCAGAUUAUCCCUACUCAUAUCGAUUCCACCAACGAAUCAUGGUACUUGUUGGGAGAAAAUCUCGUUCCUCGACCCCAAGCGGAUCAAAAUGGAUCGAGUAAGGACAGCGACAUCGAAUUCUCGUGGACAAAUGAUCCCACGUUUAGUUUCACUGUGACCCGGAAGGCCACUGGAGAUAUUCUCUUCGACACAAAGGGUUCCGUCCUAGUUUACGAAGAUCAGUUCAUCGAAUUUGUGACUUCCUUGCCCAAGGACUACAAUUUGUACGGAAUCGGAGAGCACAUCCAGCAGCUCCGGCUCCUUGAGAAUUUGACUCUAACCCUCUAUGCGUCAGACAUUGGGGACCCAAUUGAUGGAAACAUCUAUGGCUCUCAUCCUUUUUAUCUGGAUACCCGAUAUUUUGAGGUUGAUGAUCACGGUUCUCAUAGCUUGGUCGCAAGCGACCAGGCCGAUCAGUCCAAGAAAUACGUCUCCUACUCACACGGGGUCUUCCUGAGAAAUGCUCACGGCCAGGAGGUUCUCACGCAUCCUCAGAAUCUCACGUGGCGUACGUUGGGUGGUAGCAUUGACCUGACUUUGUAUUCAGGACCGAGCCAAGUCGAUGUCACUAAGAACUAUCUGACCAGCACUAUUGGUUUGCCUGCGAUGCAGCAGUAUUUCGCAUUUGGCUACCACCAGUGUCGUUGGGGCUACCAAAACUGGUCUGUAGUCGAAAAUGUUGUUGACAACUUUGAAAAGGCCGGAAUUCCUUUGGAAAACAUGUGGAAUGACAUUGAUUACAUGAAGACAUAUCGUGAUUUCGAUAAUGAUCCCAUUCGGUUUUCUUACGAAGAAGGCGAGAAAUUCUUGGAGAAGCUGCACCAAAGUGGCCGCCAUUAUAUCCCCAUCGUGGAUUCGGCGCUCUAUAUCCCGAACCCGAACAAUGCCUCUGAUGCAUAUGACACCUACACUCGCGGGGCUCAAGACGAUGUAUUUUUGAAGAACCCGGAUGGCAGCCUCUACAUCGGUGCUGUCUGGCCGGGCUACACUGUUUUCACUGACUGGCAUCAUCCCAAGGCCGGUGAUUUUUGGACGAAUGAGAUGGUGACUUGGCACCAGAAGUUGCCGUUUGAUGGGAUCUGGAUUGAUAUGAGCGAGGUGUCCUCCUUCUGCGUUGGCAGCUGUGGGAGUGGCAACCUGUCGCUAAAUCCCAUUGAUUCCCUGGGCUCUGGAUCCAGUCCCCCGAGCGUCACUUCCUACCUGCGCACCACACCCACUCCCGGCGUACGCAAUAUCAACCACCCCCCUUAUGUCAUUAAUCACGAUCAGACCGGUCACGACCUCGCCGUGCACGCUGUCUCUCCAAACGCAACCCAUGUUGAUGGGAUUCAGGAAUAUGACGUGCACAACCUGUAUGGGCAUCAACUACUCAAUGCCACCUACCAUGGUCUACUCGGCGUCAAUUCCACCAAACGCCCCUUUAUCAUCGGACGCUCGACUUUUGCCGGAUCGGGAAAAUGGGCGGGCCAUUGGGGCGGCGACAACUACUCCCUGUGGGCGUAUAUGUUUUUCUCCAUCCCGCAGGCGCUCUCCUUCUCGCUCUUUGGGGUUCCUAUGUUUGGGGUUGAUACAUGUGGCUUCGCCGACAACACCAACGAGGAGCUUUGCAACCGAUGGAUGCAGCUUUCAGCCUUCUUUCCCUUCUACCGAAAUCAUAACUCGAUCGGGAACAUUCCGCAGGAGCCGUACCAGUGGCCGUCUGUUGCGGAGGCUUCCAGAACCGCCAUGAAAAUCCGAUAUGCCCUUCUGCCGUACAUCUACACCCUGUUCCACCAAGCACAUACGACUGGUUCGACGGUCAUGCGCGCGCUGGCCUGGGAAUUUUCGAACGAUCCCUCGCUAGCCGUGGUGGACACGCAAUUCCUCUUGGGUCCGUCCAUCAUGGUGGUUCCGGCGCUUGCGCCCUCUGUCGAUACGGUGCAGGGUGUCUUCCCUGGCGUGAAACAGGGUCAGAUUUGGUACGACUGGUACACACAGACUGCGGUCGACGCCCAACCGGGCGUGAAUAUGACUAUCUCGGCCCCUCUAGGUCAUAUCCCCGUCUUCGUGCGUGGCGGCAGUGUUCUUCCUAUGCAGCAACCCGCGAUGACGACUCGGGAUGUCCGCAGCAGCCCGUGGUCUCUACUAACGGCGCUCGCUGGCGAUGGAACCGCAUCGGGACAAUUAUACAUUGACGACGGGGAAAGCCUGGUUCCAGAUGCCACGCUCAGCGUUGAGUUUGAGGCAUUCCAAUCCAGCCUCCGCGCCUCAGCUAAAGGCAACUGGAAGGAACCCCAGUCACUCGCCAACGUCACCGUUCUCGGGUUGACCCAUCCGCCUCGGGAAGUGACCUUCAACGGACACAAAGUCCCGGCGUCAUCGGUCCAAUACAAUGCUCACUCGCGGGUGUUGUCGGUGAGCGGCCUGCAAGACCUGACUUCGGCGGGUGCGUGGAACAAAGAUUGGGUUCUGAAGUGGUAA